AAUGUGGAGGUGGAGCUUUUGUUGCAGUUAUGGGGACGUGUCUCCCCCCUUCAACAUGCUAAAUUUCGAUUUUAGUAAAUAAAUAGAAAAGGUAUGCCCUCUAAAAGAGUUAUAAACGACCGUUGCUGGUGUAAGCACAAACAUCUGUGUCAAAGGUAAUAUUUCGUCAUCAGCAUUAGACCACGAGCAGCACUCAGCCAGGGAUUCAGACGACAGUUUGACAACUAGAUCAUUUCUUAUUAACACUAAUUUUCUUGAGACAUAAUUUCUGUCCUGAAGCUGUUCGGAUCAGUCUAAUAUCUGAAACCCAUCACAGAAGAAACGCCUGACUAAGUCAUGUUAGCACCAGUUAGGACUGUAAGCACUGAGAAAGGGACAUGUCCUCUGCUGACUGUCCAGCCCAGUCGAGCGCUGGUGGAUGAGAAGUUUCAGAUUAUCAUAAUGAAUUUACUGCCAAAUCAAGAAGUGACUCUACACUCUCUACAUCAGUCAGAAGACAAGGACUUCUGGGAGGCGUUUGGCUACUACAUCAGUGAUGAACAUGGAAUAGUAACAGUGGCAAAAGAUGUAAGUUUGGGAGGCACCUAUGAAGGCAUAGAGCAGAUGGGGUUGCUAUGGAGCAUGAGGCCCAUACCAGGAAGUCGAUCUGGACUCAGGUUGCGUAAGACAAAUGUUCUUACACCGAUGGUAAUUCACAUUUCAGUAUACAGCGGGCAUCUAUCUCAAGGUUUCAGCGAGAUAACACCCCUUGCAACUGGUGUCACAGAACGCUGGUAUGUUGCACCAGGUGUGGAGAGGGUGAACAUCAGGGAGAAAGGAGUACGAGGAGCUUUAUUUCUUCCUCCAGGCCCAGGGCCAUACCCAGCAGUGCUGGACCUAUGGGGAGGAGGUGGCGGUUUGGUCGAGUAUCGUUCCGCCCUGCUCGCAUCUCAUGGCUUUGCAUCCAUGGCACUUGAGUACCUCGCUCCAGAAGAGCUAAGAACAGCUGAUGUUAAUGUGUCGUACUUUGAGAAAGCAUACCAGAUUUUGCAAAACCAUCCAAAGGUACAGAGGGAUCGUAUGGCAAUGCUUGGGCUAUCUUUUGGAGGUGCCGUCACACUCAGUAUGGCGGCCUACUCCAAAAUCAUCAAGCCCCAGUGCUGUGUGUGUAUCAGCGGAAGUCAUGUGGUUCCUAUUGAUAAAUCUCUUUUUGAAGUCUUUGAGGAGAUAAAAAAGCAUAUGGAUAAGGUACGCAUGAAUGAAGAGAACCAGGUAAUACAAAGAGACAUCAUCUUGCCGAUUCCAUCAGACCCAGCUCUCAAGGUGGAUGUUGGGAGAAUAAAGUGUCCUCUACUGUUGGUGAAUGCUGGUGAUGAUCAGAACUGGGCUUCUGUUGAAUCUGCUGCAGAUAUGGAGAUGAUGAUGGAGAAAGCUGGAAAUCGGCACUUGUUGACAGUCCUAACAUAUCCUGAUGCUGGUCAUCUGAUUGAACCUCCCUACUCACCUCACUUCCGAGCAACUAACUUCAUGCUGCAAGAAAUGAGAGAGAAAAUUGUCAUGCUAUGGGGUGGACAGACCAAACCGCACGCUUACGCACAAGAGGACGCAUGGAAUAAGAUAUUAGCAUUUCUGCGGCAGCACCUCUGUUUAAGUUCAAACUAUACAGUAAAGGCCAAACUGUAGUUCUGUCAUUAACAACACUGAUAUGAGUGCAGCUUUAUUUCAAAUGCUUCUAAUUGCAAUGAUAAUAUCCAUAAUGAUUGCCAACACUGUUGUUAUAUUAUCUGUAUUGGUAUCUGUAGUAAAUAAAAGUAUUACUUUUUAUGAAAUACAUUUGUAGUAGAAAUUAUACAUAAUGCAUUAUUGAUGUUUGCAGUAGCGGUGUAUAUAAAUAUAGCAUUAUUACAUGGUUUUGAUAACACCAACUAUAGGAAUUACAAACAGUUUAGGUUUGGGCAAGAUUUCUUCAUUUUUUUUUUAUUUAAAGAAUGAUUUCUAUUUUCUAAAUUAUUACAUAAUUAUGAUGGUCAGUAUUUUAAACAAAAGAAUUGAUGCAAAAGCCUUAAGAUUUUAAAAUACUUGAGUGAUUCUGUAACUACUUGUUUUUGCCAUGUCCAAUUUCAUGUUUUUACAUUUACAGAUCAGUUGUGGAUGAAUAAAUAUGCUGUAUUAAAAUCCUUUGCUUUUAAAAAGUA